AUUAUCCUACAUGGUCUCGCGCCAUGAGGAUGGCGCUUGACGCCAAAAACAAACUUGGGUUCAUUGACGGAAGUAUCGCCAAACCUGAGGAUGUUGCAACCAAAUUUCAUCAAUGGACCAGGUGUAAUAGUAUGGUUCUAUCUUGGAUUGUUAACGCUCUCUCUCCCGAGAUAUCCAAUAGUGUUAUCUAUACCGCUACAGCACGUGAAGUUUGGGACGAUCUCCGUGAAUGUUUUUCUCAAAAGAAUGCUCCUAGGAUAUUUGAGAUUUGUCGCACCAUUGCCAAUCAUACACAAGGUAACUCAUCCAUAGCCUCUUAUUAUACUGUUUUGAAAGGUUAUUGGGAUGAGUUAUCUUCGUAUAUUUCGUUAACCUCUUGCACUUGUGGAGCUUCUCAAACUAGCAUGAAUCACAUUCAAGAAGAGCAUCUCAUGCAAUUUUUGGCUGGGCUGAACGAAUCUUAUUUUGGGGUUCGUAGUAACAUGCUUCUUCAGGAUCCUUUGCCGACUGUCAAUCGUGCCUACUCCUUGCUCUUACAAGAUGAACGCCAAUGUUCUCUUCAACCUGUAAUCACAACGUCUCUUGAUCAAUCUGCCAUGGCAGCCAAUCGAUCGCAAUCUCAGAAGCCAUUUUAUCAUUGCAAAUUUUGUGAUGCCGACGAUCACUCAGAAUCUCGUUGUCGCAAAAAUCUUGCCAGCAAAAAUUAUAUGUUUUGCAAAUUUUGUGAUACUGCGGGGCAUACAGAGUCUCAUUGCAAAAAGAAGAAUGGUACUGCCAAGACCAAUUCUCCUUCCUCACGUACUCCCUCUAUUGGUUCUUUUGUCGCAGCAACCACUAGCACUCCAGCUGCACCAACUCUAACUCACGAACAAUACACUCAAUUGAUUGCCAUGUUGCCAUCCAGUAAAAAUAAUUCAAUGGCUAAUGUCGCAGGACCUAAGUUCGAAGAUGGAGAUUGGUAAGGGAUUGGAACGUGGUGGUCUUUAUUAUUUGGCUCCUGACGUACCAUCCAUUGCUAAUUCCGCUGUUGCUUCCCCGAGUUUCAAUCUAUGGCACUGGCGCUUAGGUCAUCCAUCUAAAUUUAUUCUUCCCCACCUACAAAAUUUUCAUUCUGAAAUUUCUAUUCCUAAUAAUCAUGUUUGCACCAUUUGCCCUUUGGCUAAACAUUGUAGACUUUCUUUUCCCUCC